AUGGCCAAGAAGCGAAAGUCUCGUUCUUCACAAUCUUCACAAGAAGAACAAGUGCCGGUUGAGGAUCCAACCGUCAGUGAUGCUGUUGUAAAGGAGGAGCUAGAGCAUGGAAACGAACAACCUCAAAAUUUGGACGAAAAUAAAGAAAACGAUGAACAAGGAGAGGAAGAUCUUCAAGAAGUAGAAGAAGUCGAUGUCGAUGAGGAUGAAGAGGAAGAAGAAGAGGAAGAAGAAGAAGAAGAAGGAGAAGGAGAUGAACAAACGACGGGAAACGAGGUGAAAGAAGUUAAGGUUGAAACGAACGGCGGAGGCGGACAGGUAACAGAAGAUUUGUCGGACGAGCCUGUCGAGAAGCUUCUCGAGCCGUUUGCCAAGGAACAACUCGUUUUACUCUUGAAGGAGGCUGUUUCCAAGUACCCUGACAUUGUAGAAAGUGUCGAGAAGAUUGCCGAUGCAGACCCUGCUCACAGGAAGAUAUUCGUUCAUGGUCUAGGAUGGGAUACCACCACCGAAACCCUAAUUAGCGAGUACAAGAAGUACGGCGAGAUUGAGGAUUGUAAGGCUGUGGUAGACAAGGUCUCUGGAAAAUCAAAAGGAUACGGAUUUAUCCUCUUCAAGCACAGAAGUGGUGCUCGAAAAGCUUUGAAAGAACCUCAGAAGAAGAUAGGGAAUCGCAUUACCUCCUGUCAGCUUGCUUCUGCCGGACCAGUCCCAGCGCCUCCACCAACCGCCCCUCCAGUGUCUGAAUACACACAAAGGAAGAUAUUCGUGAGCAAUGUAUCAGCUGAGAUUGAUCCUCAAAAACUUCUAGAAUUCUUUUCGAAAUUUGGGGAGAUUGAAGAUGGGCCAUUGGGAUUAGACAAGCAGACGGGAAAGCCUAGAGGUUUUGCACUGUUUGUGUAUAAGAGCAUCGAAAGUGCAAAAAAAGCUCUUGAAGAGCCACACAAGAACUUUGAAGGACAUAUUUUGAAUUGCCAGAAGGCUGUUGAUGGUGUGAAAAUGGGGAAAGGUUUCCAUCCACAGCAACACCAGCAUCAUCAUCAACAUCAUAAUCAUCAGUAUGGUGGUCAUCAUCAUCAUCCUUCAAAAAAGGCCAAGUUUUCCAUGGGAGGAGGUGGUGCAGGAGCAGGACAAGGUCAUUUGAUGGCUCCUUCUGCACCCACUAUGGGGUUCACUCCACCAGUUCCUCCUCCUGCAUUGACUCCUGCUUUGGGGCAGGCGUUGACUGCACUUCUUGCCUCUCAGGGAGCUGGAUUGGGAAUUACUAAUCUUCUUGGAGGACUUGCCCCCCCUGCAAAUCCACAGGGUAUGCCACAUGUCAACAAUUCUGGAUAUGUGAAUCAGGGAGCUGCAAGCUAUCAACAGCAAGGUGGGUAUCCCAAUCCACAGAUGGGUCAAGGCGGCAGUAGGCCACAACAAGGUGGUGCAUCUUACAUGGGUCAUGGUCACUAG